UUUUCGUCUGGGAUUGAGCUAGUUCGCUAAAAGCUGCGAGCGGUCGGUAGGGACCAAUAUCUUUACCAGCGAAAUAAUACUCGAGAGUCUAUCCGGCUUGGUGCUCAGCAACCGAUCAUUACAACUCGGUUCACACUAUCACGACUCAACCUCUCGGAAUUCCUACAAUCAGUGUUCUGCGCUUGAGUAUACAAGCGAACAGCUUGUCAUCUGUGUCUCUCUCUCCAUCUAGGUUCUCUCGUCUUAGACGACGCCGUCAGAAGUAGAUCUAUUGGUUCGAUUUGACAGAGUCCGACAAACCGCCGGGUAGCAUGAAAGACCCACUCGAAGCUAUACAAAGCAUGUACUAUAGGGGGGUCAGCUUACUACAUCUUACGGUUUACCUGAACGUGUCAGCACCGCCUCGACUAUAUAAGCCGCCUGUAGCCGUCUCACCUGGUCUUCUCCAAUUCCCACUUUCUUUGCCUUUUUCUCUGACCCAACUUCCUCAAUCAUGUCCGCUCAGGUCUUAUCCCAGCUUCCAGCUCUUCAGGCAACAGUUGGCCCCAACUGCAAAAUUCUGCAAGACCCUGGGAGCCCGGAAUUCAGUCAACGCCUGAGGCGUUGGACUAAUAUCGACCACCAAACCCCGGCUGCGAUCAUCCUGCCGAGCAACGAAGAAGACUGUCUCAAAAUUGUUCAAUGGGCACUUCGGUCCUCUAUCCCGUUUGUCCCUACUUGCGGAGGCCACAGUGCUUGGUCCACGAUCGGCGAGGGCGGCGUCAUCAUCGAUCUGAGUAACUACACUCAUAUUUCGGUAGAUGAAGCAGCAAGAACGGCCACCCUAGUCGGUGGGGUCUUGUCCAAACAGGUAGGCCUGCGCCUCGCGGAAGCAGGGCUAUUUACAGCUCUCGGAAAUGGCAACACUGUUGGUGCAAUCCCGUACUUUCUCGGCGGAGGCGCGUCCAUCACCUCCUCCAUCACCGGGUUUGGGUCUGACCAAAUUAUCUCCGCGCGGGUCAUCACCGCCACGAACGGCGGAACACUUGUGGAAGUGACGGAAUCUGAGAAUCCAGAUCUUUUGUGGGCGAUACGCGGUGCUGGCCAGUUCUUCGGGCUUGUCACCCAGCUGACCGUUCGUGCUCAUUCGCUCUCUUUGCUGCGAAAGCAGGCGGGCCUUAUCUGGGUUGGGGCGUUCGUCUUCCCGCUGCAUCGUGCGGCGGAGGUCGCUCGCGUGAUGAAGCCGCUCAUGGCAGACGGGCAGCAUGCGACGGCUGGCUUGAUGAUGACCAUGGCCCCUCCGCCGGCUCGCGUCCCCUCGCUGGUUAUCUCGGCGCGGUACACGGGCGACGAGGAUCCACAUGUACCCUUUGGGCCACUAUACGAGCUGAAGCCGUUGAUGGUGACUGGAGGGGAGGUACCAGUGCAGAAUGCAAGUGAUGCGCGGGAGGUCCUGUGCGCUAAGGGUGACUUUAAGCAGUUCGGUGUGGUAGGGCUGCAUGAGUACAAUGAGGAUGCGUUUGUGCAGACGGUCGAUCUGUGGGAGAAAAUGGUCAAGGAAUGUCCUGAUGCAAUCAAUACUGCGUUCAAUUUCCAGUGGGAUGCAAGGCCUGUCAGGGCGCCUGACGUGGACUCGGCUCAAUCGCUGCAUGACAUUCGCUACUGGCAGAACAACUUGAUCUGGCAUACAGACGUAGCCAGCCGGGGCAAGGUGGACAGCUAUAAUGAACAGUGCAUUGCCAUCAUGCGUGGGCCGGACGAGUCGCGUUUUGUGGACUUCCAAAACGGAACCCGCACUGGGCCUAUCCAUAGACGAUACCGCGGGGAAGCGCGACUUGAGAAGCUGCGUCGGUUGAAACGAGAGUGGGAUCCUGAAGGGGUGUUCACUCGGCAGUUGCUCGAUUGAGCAUUCAUAUAAGGCUCUUGUUGUGAUAAGCGCCUGGGGACCGUGAAGAUGACGGAUCGUGCACUAUCUAGAAGGAACCUAGUCAGAAGUAUACUAUAGCAUAGAC